AUGGACAAAAUUACAUUACAAGAUCAUAGUUACUUCACAGUCGAAAUUUUGAAAGCAUUAGUUCAAAACCGAAUAACAACACUUAUACAAUUUAUACAAGAAGAUGCAGAAAAAUUAUCAGUGUUGACUAAAUUAAACUUGCCACAAAUCUUGGAAAUAAGAAAUGAUAUUUUUAGUAAAUAUUCAGCACCAUUAAUUAGUGGUUCUACACUGUUUGUAAGAGGUUUUACAUGUAGGAAAUAUAUAGCCACUGGUAUCGAAAGCUUAGAUUCAAUUUUGGGUGGAGGUAUUUCUAUUGGAUAUAUUUCUGAGAUAUAUGGCCUGGCUUGCUGUGGAAAAACUCAAUUAUGUACACAGUUAGCUAUUAACAGUGUUAAAGAUUUUAACAAUACAGUUCUUUAUAUUGAUACUAAAGGGGAUUUUUCUGCAGUUAGAGUACAAAAAAUUCUAGAAGGAAAUGGUUUUUCCCAUAAGGAUAUGGCUGCUAUAAUGAUAAAAAUAAAAGUGAUACAUAUUUGGUCUAUGGAAGAUUUAAUAAAAUUGUUGGAAGGUCUUAAACAUUUUACUUUAAAAACUGAAAAAUUAUCAUUAAUAAUUAUUGAUUCAUUGCCAAGUCUUAUGUUGCAGCAUUUUGGAGAUAAUAAUAAACUUGGAUUAACAUAUUUGAAUAAAGUUGUAAAUCUUAGUAGAUUUCUUAGUAAAGAGCUGGAAAUUGGCUUUGUGUGUGUUAAUAUUCAAACAAGAUGGAUUGAUUCAGAUGUUCGAGAUUCAGAUGUUGAAGAUCAGACCACUUCAGUUUAUGACUCUGGUUAUAUAGAGAAAAGAAACCGUGGUCUAGGCAAGUAUUGGCACCACAUUCCUGCAGUACUAAUUCUGAUGGAAAAGAAUAAUUAUCCUGUUACUGACAAUAAUGGAUGUUCUAUAAUAAAUAUUACAGUGUCAAAACAGAACAUCCCAUAUAUUUCUAAAAGUUGUCAAAUAAAUGUUAAUGUACUAGGUGUAAGC